UCCAUGGUGAUUGUAAGCCGUUCGAUUAACGUGGAAAGCCAUGGAAUGGUAAUCUACGGGAUUUACAGAGCGCGCAAUGUUCGGACGCGCCAGGUGCUCGACCUCGGCCCCCGCCGCCGGCGAGCGGCGCGCUCUUCCCGUCGACCCUCUCUCCCUCCCUCGCCUACUCGUCUCCGCCGCCACCACCCCCGGCGCCGCCGCCCCGGCCGUCUCCACCCUACACGCCGCCGCUCUCAAGCUGGGGGUCCUCCCCUCCUCGCUCCCGGCCUCCAACGCCCUCGUCUCCGCCUACUCCCUCUCCGGCCUCCUCCCCUGCGCGCUCCGCGCCUUCUCCCUCAUCCCCCACCCUUCCACCGGAUCCUACACCGCCAUCCUCUCCGCGCUCUCCCGCCACGGCCGCCCCCGGGAGGCCCUCUCCCUCUUCUCCGCCGCCGCGGUCGCCCGCCCCGACGCCGAGCUCCUCUCCUGCGUCGUCUCCUGCUGCCGCCGCGCAUCCGCCUCCCUCCCCGCUCGCGCCGCGCACGCCUACGGGGUAAAGACCGCGCCACUGCUGGCCUUCUACGCCUCGGCCGGCCCGGCGCUCGUCGCGCUGUAUGCGAUGUGUGGGAGGGUGAGCGCGGCCAAGAGGAUCUUUGAUCGUAUGGACGGCGAGGACGUGGUGUCCUGGAACGCGAUGAUUGGGGGGUUCGCUGGUGCCGGGAUGAAUGGCGAGGCGUGGGAUUGCUUCCGGGAGAUGCGCGCAAGAGGUGUUCGAGGGAAUGCCCGUACCGCGGUUGCUGUGCUGGGGGCUUGUGAUUUGGAGUCUGGAAGACAGGUCCAUGGGCACAUGGUGAGAAACCAUGGUGAUAGUGGUUCAAACGCAAUUCUGUGGAAUGCGUUGAUGAACAUGUAUUCACGUGUUGGAUGUGUCGACAAUGCAGAACAUGUGUUCUUCGAGAUUGAACGGAAGGAUGUUGUGUCAUGGAAUGUGAUGAUAGGUGCUUUCGCAAAGAAUGGGCAUGGAGAGAGGGCACUUGAACUUGUGGAUGCAAUGUUGCGUUGUGGGAUGCAGCCAGAUUCAGUGACAUUCACAACUCUGCUCAUGGCAUGCUGCCACUGUGGCUUGGUUGAUGAAGGUCUUGCGCUUUUUGAGCGGUUUGUGGAAAAUUCUGCCCUCAUCCCUACUAUGGAGCAGUGUGCUUGUAUUGUGGAUUUGCUUUCACGAGCUGGGAGGUUCAGAGAGGCUGCUGGAUUUAUUGAUCAGAUGCCAAUCAGACCAAAUGCAGUUGUAUGGGGUGCUUUGUUAUCUGGAAGUAGGAUGCACCAUGAUGUGGAUCAUGCACAGAUCGCUUUUGAGAAACUGGUUCAAUUGGAGCCAGAUAACCCUGGAAAUUUUGUGACUAUGUCAAAUAUAUAUGCAAAGGCCGGAAUGGUUGAGGAUGCAAAGAGAGUUAGGAUGAUGAUUGACAGGGAGGAGUUAGUGAAGCCUUCUGGACAAAGUCGUGUUCAAGCUAUGUAAGAAGUUGCUUUUAGUCAUCAUGAUUUGUCUACCGUGCUUCAGAGUGCAGCAACACUCAUGCAUCCACUACCAACAGUUCAUUUGGUGUCUACCAUUGGAUAUGGACAAGGUUUGUUCACUAAGAGGGGAUUUAAGGGCUUGUUCAGCACCCAGGGUCCUCUGCCAAGUUUUGCAGUUCUCUCUGGCGUCCAUUGUCUAGUUGUGUGCCUGUUGAGAAGGCUGCGUGGCAAAGAUGACAUUGUUAAUGCUGGAAUAGCUGGUUGUUGCACUAGCCUUGCUUUGAGCUUUCCAGUGAACUGCAAUACAUGUCUACAUUAGAGUGAAUCUCCAUGAUUGUUGUGGUGAGGAUAGCUGUUUGUAGUUGGCAAACUGUGUGUCUGAUCCAAUGAUCACUAGUUUUAUUUCUGGUGUGCUUCCGGUCUUGAAAUGAUUUUUGACAUAAAGUUUGUCUAGAAAUACAAGACUGCAACUAAUUGCUGUAGAUUUCCUUCAAAUAGGCCCUAGUAUACGUGUAUAAAAUUUUAGAAUCUUGAUGGCCCUUGUGACCUUGUCCUUGAUCGUGAUAUUUAAUAUGAUAGAGUUAGAGACAGCGGUUAAAUUUAAACCUGCCCUGGAUUGGCGCCUCCAUAGCGUUUUGCAUAGGCGUGGCCGUUUCCCGUGCUAUCCACGUCGGCCCCGAAACUCCAGGCAGCCGAAUUUCACGAGCGAGCGGGAGGCCCGCGUUGACUCUGGUCGUUUUACAAAAAAAGCCCUUGCUAUUAUUGAUAAUCUGUGAUAAGUCCCUUGUCUUCGUUUAUGUGUUCUGUAUUCUUACUUUAAGGCCCUCCAAGACCUGAAAUAUCUUAUGCUAAGAAGAGAAAAAAAACGAAAAAUAGGCCGCACUUUAAAUAACAACAAGUGAGUGGCCUUUUUUGUAAAAACGAACAACCCUACCACCUGGCGGCCGGCGCCCACCCCUCACCCCACCCUCCCAAACCCUAGCCGCCUCUCUUCCGCUCUUGCAGCCGGCCUGCACAUCCCCUUCUGUCAGGAGAUCGAUCGCCGGCGAGGAGUCGGAGAUGGAGUGCCGGCGUGGUCCCCCAGGUUGACGGCGGUGGAGGUGACGACGAUGGCACCGGUCCGAAGCCGCGAGGUCGAGGAAGAGCAGAUCGGGAGGAGACAUGGUGUCCAGAUCUAGAAAAGACGUUCCACAGCGAGGCCGAUGGUGGAGGGGGUCGUCAAAGAUGGCUAGGGCUAGAGAUGUUCGCACCGGCGCUGUCGCCCGUGACGAAGAGGCCCGCCUCUAACUCGAGCGGCUCACCAAUGUCUGGCUGAGCGCCGCCCGCUGGUGGAGGGAAGGUUGACGGGUCCAAGGAGCGUGACCACGGUGCCGAGCACCACGCUCAGCUCCGUCACCACCAGCAAGCCCCGCGCCGACAUUACGUCCCCUCGAGCGGUCGGCCGCUUCGCCGGAUCAGUGGACCAUCGCUGGCGUCUGUCCCCCUGUCGGCUGCCUCCUCACCGUUGCUGAUGCCUCCUGAGCAGCUGAGCUCUAUCUCCUCCGCCGAUUAGGGAUGGCAGGUGUAGAAGCACAAAUACUAGGUUCGAUGAGAUCUUGGAUGGACCACGGAAAUGGCACAGUCGCUGCCAUAUUCACCUGCAACUCCUCCGUUGCAAUUCGAGAUGAACAGAGAAAUUGCAAUCCCCGAUAUGGUUCCUUCUUGUCGGUAAGAGAUGGCCCUCUCUGUCUUAGUGUCAUGGUUUCCAUUGAUUGGUGUCAGGCGCAAUGCAAGGUAGCCAGAUCAGAAUACAUUAGAUGGCAAGGCAAGGCAGCCACAUCAGAAUGCAUACUCUGUUUUUUCUCCUUUUUCUGUGACAGCAAUUCAUGUUGAAUGUGGACCCAAGUUCAAGAAUGUUAUGUAUCAUGCUUUUAGUUCAAUAAAUAUCAAUAAUCCAUCUAUGAUUUUGCAUAAUUUCCAGUGAACAAAGUACUAAUGAUUUAAACUACAUAUUAAUAGUAGUGUCCUGCUGUAGGUUUAGGAUUCAAUGAAUAAUUGGAUUGUGCUUCUGCAAGGUAAGCAGAGUUAGAUGGGAGUUGUCAUUUCUCUCUGAAUUUAUUAUUUUUGUUCUUAACUGCUACUUAAAUUAGUGGGGGUCUAUUGUUACUCUCUAACAGAUAACAAGAUUGAUCUUCAGAAAAAUUAGGCGAACACAACUGCUUCUAACAUUGUUGAUUGAAUUCAGAUGCAGCUCAUGUUGAUUGGCUUUUGCUUGACGAGGUCUUACCAGGGAGAAGAAGUUAAUUAUGGCAACCCUGAAUCUGCAUAGCAUUUUAAUGUCUCACUGCAACACGUUGUCUGGAUAUUCGUAAAAUAACAUAGCAGUUUCCAUCAUUUGUCUUGAGCAAUUUCCAUUUUGCAUGAAUUUGAAUGCCUGAUUUGUGGAAGGUUAACUAUUUCAGCAUUAGUUUAUUGAGUUCUCAGGUCGAAUGAAAUAGGAAGGAAAUUAGCAGUGGCACUAUUAAAAAAUACAUUAUGGAUGUGUGAUAAGUAUUCCAUGAUUUUAACUUGAGUUUUUGCCUUUUGUGUUUAGUAGCUAUCAUGUCAGUGCUUAGUUGUAGUUUUCCUUCGGAAACAGUUGUUUCAAGUAGUUAGUUAGCUAUGUUUUUUUUUUCUAUGUACUGUUGAUUUAGUGAGUGAAACAUCUGCUAUCUGUUACAAAUAUCGUAGUUAUGCCAUUCAAAGAAGUAUGAACAAUGUGAUAUUUUCUUUGUAUAGCUUGCUGGCUGCUGCUGAGCAUAUCUAAUGCACAUGAAUAAAUCAUUUAUUGUACACAUGGUCUUCAGUUUGGUGGUUAAACUUUUGGUCAAAAUGGAUUGUUAAGAUAUGAUUGUCUGACUAUGACAUGCAGAAAUAUUACACUUCCUAAGUAUCGAUGUAUAUUAUGUACUUACAUGUUAUUAAAUGACUUAUACCCUCUUCAAUAGGAUGUGAAGAAAACAAGCUGAAUUGAUGAAUUAUGCUAUGCACUAUGUGAUUUA